AUGGCGAGCGCCUGUACGGCAGGUGUAAAAAACCUGGCAGGUAUCCUACUAUACUGGCUCCGGCUUCUCCAUCUUUCUCCCUCCUGCUCUUCAGACCUUACCCACCGCACCUCAUCCCAUCGCCACUCAUCAAAGAAGCCCCAACGCAGGCCGUGGCCUGCCUGGGAAAACGACAUCCAUGCCAACAGAUACCACAUGUUCUACAACAACGCUCGCGAAGGAAGCUACAAUGGCUGA